UCCCCCCCCAUCAUCUCUUCAGGUCACAUUCGUUUAAUUUGCAAUUUGCAUCUGGCAACAUAAAUGUCACCUAUCCUGAGCCAGGUGUUCUCUUGGGCCAAUCUGGGUAUUUGAAAUUAUUUAUUCAUCCAAGUAACCACCCUCCCGCCCUUCCCUCGAACCUUUUCACUGGUGGUGUUUUUGGGAAGAUGGGUUGUCUUGGCAAUAGUAAAACCGAAGACCAACGAAAUGAGGAGAAGGCACAGAGGGAAGCAAACAAAAAGAUAGAGAAACAGCUUCAGAAAGACAAACAGAUAUACCGGGCAACUCACCGGCUACUACUGUUAGGGGCUGGUGAAUCUGGGAAAAGCACGAUAGUCAAACAGAUGCGAAUAUUGCACGUAAAUGGCUUCAAUGCAGAGGAGAAAAAGCAGAAAAUCCAUGACAUCAAAAACAACAUUAAAGAGGCUAUAGAGACGAUUGUGACUGCCAUGAGUACGCUCACACCUCCGUGCCAGUUAGCCUGCCCAGCAAACCAGCACCGAAUCAAUUACGUCCUAAACUUAGUGAACCGGAAGGAUUUCGAAUUCCCAUCGAUCCGUGAAAAACAUCUUAUUAACAAGGAGUUCUAUGAACAUACGAAACUCCUCUGGCAGGAUGAAGGUGUCCGAGCUUGCUGGGAGAGGUCCAAUGAGUAUCAGCUCAUCGACUGCGCGCAGUACUUCUUAGACAGGAUUGAUGUUGUAAAGCAAAAUGACUACACACCCACUGAUCAGGACCUGUUGAGAUGUCGAGUUCUGACAUCUGGGAUCUUCGAGACGAGAUUUCAAAUAGAUAAAGUCAAUUUCCAUAUGUUCGAUGUUGGAGGUCAGAGGGAUGAGCGUCGAAAGUGGAUCCAGUGUUUCAAUGAUGUGACAGCUAUCAUCUUUGUGGUGGCCAGCAGCAGCUACAACAUGGUGAUCAGAGAAGACAAUCAAACCAACAGGCUGCAGGAAGCACUCAAUCUCUUUAAGAACAUCUGGAACAACAGGUGGCUACGGACAAUUUCGGUGAUCCUCUUCCUGAAUAAACAGGACCUGCUUGCAGAGAAAGUUUUGGCAGGGAAAUCUAAAAUUGAGGAGUAUUUCCCUGAGUUUGCACGUUACACUACACCUGAUGAUGCAAUACCAGAACCAGGGGAAGAUCCCCGGGUCACACGGGCAAAGUACUUCAUACGAGAUGAGUUUCUGAGGAUCAGCACAGCCAGCGGAGAUGGACGACACUACUGUUACCCCCACUUCACCUGUGCAGUUGACACGGAAAACAUCCGGCGCGUCUUCAACGAUUGUCGAGACAUCAUCCAGAGGAUGCACCUACGGCAGUACGAGCUCUUGUGAUGGGAAGCGGGAGGAGAGACUGCCCCCCACGGCGGAGAUGUGUCAGACCACGUGUCGAGACACUUACCUAUCCACACCCCGCCCCCUUCCUAACAAACCAGUUAACCUCUGUCUUCCUCACCCUGUUUUUAACAACCCUCCCCUGACCGAGCGAGCACCCUCCCUCCCCUCCGCGCUGUUAAAAUUCCUACUUCUCCCGGUGACACGGUUUCAGCUGAAGCCUAUAAACAGAACAGUGCGACUGAUGGAAAGACUUUAUGACAAUAAAAAAAAAAACAACAACAGGAAACACAGUUGAGGAUACAACAGCUACACCAACUGUUAACCGGGACCGCGGCACUCAGCUGUACUUUGACCUGGGGAAGAGUGGUCAAGAUUGCAGUAUUUGUUACCGUACAGGCUAUGUCUCCUUUGAACUCUCUUUCGCUCUCUCAGACACACGAGUAUGAAAAUACGCAAACACACACACACACACACACACACGAAGGCACAGACACAAUUGCAGUACCAUUCAAACAUUCAAAACUUUCCAUUUGUCUCACACCACAAACACGCACACACACCCAUACUCUUUUUUAAAAAUCGAGACCUUUGUUUUUAUUUUUAUUUUAUUUUAUUUUUUAUUAGCAGUUCUCGGAGGCUAAAUGAAAUUACGCAUUGUGCAACUUACUUCUGGCUAGUUUGCUAAUUCUGAGAGAGGGAGGAAUGAUUCGCUCUGUGUAGAAGACCGACCCAAAGGUAAAGUGGAUAAACGAUGGACGCAUUGGAAGGGAUGGAGGAAUGUAACCGAUACACAAGAAGGGUUGUGAGCCCUUUCUGGCCCGGGGGUGGACAGACUGACUAACAGCUGCAUGUGGAAGUGAGCGUGACCUGAACACAAGACCAUCACAUGACCUGCGCUCUUCCAGAGAUCAAUCAGGAGAAAGGGCAAAAAUGAGAGAAAAGAAAAACUAAAAAGAAAAAAAAACAUACAGUGCAUCAAUUCGUGCAUACCAGUGAAUUACAUGCAGUGCAAAAAAUCCAAGCUAUAUAUAUAGAUAUUUAUAUAUGUGUGUAUAUAAAUAUGUAUAUAUAUAUAAAUAUAUAAAUAUAAAUAUUAUAUAUUCCUGUAAUAACACAAUUCAACUUUUACGUUUUUUUAAUUAUUUCAUUAGUUUUCCCCAUGUUGUGUCGGUGUACACUGUGUGUGCGAUCUGCCUUUGUGCGCCAUUUGACCUUGUUCCUGCCCCUCCCAUCCCCCACCCCAUGUACACACACACACACACACACACACCUCCCACCUGCUAUAUGGCCUGGACAUGAGCUAUUGAACAUAUGGAGACUAAUGUAGAGGGCCUUAUUUGAUGAGGUAAGACAAAACGGGGGAAAAAAACCGGCUAAUGUUAAUGGGUGAGGAAAGAGGUGACGAUGCGACUGACCUACCAAGUCUGGAUCCAACACACACACACACACACACACACACACACACACAUAUAUAUAUAUAUAUAUAUAUAUAUCACUCCCUUACACUUGUAUUUCUCUCCACACAGCCUUGCCCCCCACCACCACCCCGCUUUAAAUAUGUCCUGACUUUAUUUUCCUGCUGGACUUACUAUUAUUGUACAGACUGUAAAAUGUAUUAUUUUGUACAACUUUAUUGAAGAAGAAGGAGAAGAAGAAGAAAAAAUAACUUGUAGAAGAUCCCUGUGCCUUGAUCACGACUGUACGUGUAAAAAUGAGCUAAAUAUGUAAGUUAUGUUUCACUGCGCAGUACAGCUAAGCUGGUCUCUGUCUCUCUCUCGCUCUCCCGCCUCGUCCGUGCUUACUCGCCCUCAGUAAGGGGGCUAGGGCAAAUGGGGCACUGGGGCUCUUGGGCGGAGGCUGACGUAUGUUGCUUAGUUUCCAUUUUCCCCACAUUUGUUUGUCUGUUGAUUCAUUUGUUUUGCUUUAACUCUCUUCUGGUUUAUAUAACAGAAUUUGAAAAAGAAAGAAGAUAAUCAGACACACCACCUUAAUUAAUGCUGUGUAGUGAAAGAUAUUGAGCCCUAACACAAUUUAAUAUAUAUAUAUAUAUAUAUAUAUAUAUAUUUCAGAUUUUAUAUUAUAUAUAUGUAUGUAUGUGUGUAUAUGUAUAUAUAUACAUGUAUGUAUGUAUGUAUGUAUGUGUGUGUAUAUAUGUAUAUACACACAUACAUAAUAUAUACACACACAUACAUUAUAUAUAUAUUAUAUAUAUACACACAUACAUUAUAUAUACACACAUACAUUAUAUAUAUAUAUAUAUAUAUAUAUACAUGCACACACACACACACACACACACACACACACACACACACAUAUAUAUAUAUAUAUAUAUAUAUAUAUAUAUAUAUAGCCCUGUGAUGGCCUAGCGGCCUGUCCAGGGUGUCUCCCUGCCUGCCACCCAAUGACUGCUGGGAUAGGCUCCAGCAUCCCCGCGACCCUGACAGCAGGAUAAGCGGUUUGGAUAAUGGAUGGAUAUAUAUAUAUGUACUGUACACUUAUAUCUAUCUCUCUUGUGAGCCAUCCCCAGUUUUCCUUGCUUUUCUGUCAGUAACAUCUGCCAACAGUUUUGGGGAGUGGUAGAAGAUGCGAAAGGAAGGGUAUAAAUAUUUUAAAUUCUUUCCUUUUUUAUCUUUAACUCUUUUGAAGGAGAGCAAAAUAUCCAAUUGCAAAACAUUGCUUGUUUCUACAUAAACCAAAUUCUUUUUGCUUAAAAAAAAACAAAACAAGAA